CCAGAGUCCCAGCCCAGGCGCAGAGAGAUGAGAGUGUCGGGCACCUGAGUGCAGCCCAGUCUGUAUCGUGUCACACAUAAGCAGCAGCCCCUCAGUCCACAUCAGCCGACACUGAGGAAGAAGAAGGAGAUGGGCCGCGCGCUGGGGAACGUGUUUGUGUUGCAGCUGGUCCUGUACUUGCAGUGUAUUCACUGUCAGCAGCAGAGGAGCCCCCCUGGGCCGAGCUCCAUGUGGAGACAGAGACUGCAGUGGCACAAUAACGGCAGGGUGUACAGUCUGCUCAGCCACGGCUCCGAGUACCAGCCGGCCAGGCGCAGGGAGCAGGAGGGCAGCGCGCCCCACAGUCCGGUUCUCCUGCUCAGCAGCCGCCACAACAGCAGCGUUUCCCAGGGCAACGGCGCACACCGACCCCAACCUCCCAGACCCGUAACCCCAAGUGCGGAGGCGCAGCAGCAGACUGCGAGCAUCAACCCGGCAGCGCGGGAAGCCGUCACCUCUCGCUUGUGGUUCCAGCCGACAAGGCAAAGAAACCCGGGAGAUGCCGCCGGGAGACACAGGAACUCAGGUGCCGCGCCAGAGAGGCGUCAGGGCGGACAGCAGUCUCACAGGAGAGUCAACGGCACGGGGCGAGUGGAGGGAAUGCAGGGGGACGACCCCUAUAACCCCCUCAAGUACUCUGAUGAUAACCCCUACUACAACUACUAUGACACCUAUGAGAGGCCCAGAACAAAUGAGAGGCAGAGGCCGGGCUAUGGCACCAGGUACUUUCAGAAUGGUCUUCCAGACUUGGUUCCAGAUCCUUACUACAUUCAGGCUUCAAUUUAUGUGCAGAAAAUGUCCAUGUAUAAUCUGCGGUGUGCUGCUGAAGAAAACUGCUUGUCAAGCUCAGCAUACCGCUCAGAUAUCAGAGACUAUGACCAACGAGUGCUUCUCAGGUUCCCACAAAGAGUCAAAAACCAGGGAACCGCUGACUUCUUGCCAAGCAGACCACGAUACACAUGGGAAUGGCACAGCUGUCACCAACAUUAUCACAGCAUGGAUGAGUUCAGCCAUUAUGAUUUGCUAGACGCAAGCAGUCACAGAAGAGUUGCUGAGGGCCACAAAGCCAGCUUCUGCCUAGAAGAUACCUCCUGUGAUUAUGGCUAUUACAGACGGUUUGCAUGCACAGCUCAUACACAGGGAUUGAGUCCUGGUUGUUAUGAUACGUAUAACGCAGACAUUGAUUGCCAGUGGAUUGAUAUCACAGAUGUAAAACCUGGCAACUAUAUCUUAAAGGUCAGCGUGAAUCCCAGCUAUCUGGUACCAGAAUCUGAUUACUCCAACAAUAUUGUGCGUUGUGAUCUACGAUACACUGGUCAGUACGUGUACACUUCCAGCUGCACAAUUUCCACUUAUUAAAUGCAAAGCAAGGAUUUCUACUCAAGUGAAAGAUCACUGGGAUGUAAACACUUUUAGGUGAAAGCAUAUGGACUUCCAUGAAAAUGCAACUGGAUUUGAAGCUUGUUUCAUAAAGUUAGUGCUAUUCUGGGAGGAGGAGGAACAUUUGGAUGAUCAGUCAUCAAAUAGUUGUAGAUUUUUUUUGUUCUGGUCUCCAUGCGCAGACACUUCAAAACUGAAAUGCCACCUACACGUAGAAGUGACCAUUAAGAAAACUGUUUAUUUACCAGCCAAUAAUAAUUACAUUUAUUUUUGUUUCUCAAUUCCUUGAAAGAAUGAAUAUUAGAUUGUAUAUCCUCUAUGGAGUCUAAAAGUACAUGAAUCAAUCUGACAUGACCCAUAGAUGAGGCCACUAUACACAGAACACACAAAUAUAAACAUCCGUGUGACAAAUGCUAUACACAUAGCACAGUUACCAUGUAAGGUUAAGUCGGUGGAUAAAGGGCCCAUUCAGAACUUUUGAAUCCAACUAAAUUCAUAGGGUUAUACCAAGGAAAACCAACAUGAAUAGUUAUUACAAUGCGAUUACAUACCAUUGUCACUUAUGCUAUUCUGAUUAUAGAUCCUUGGACUAGGCAAAUUUCAGGUUCUUCCACUUGUGCCUUUUAGACUGAAUUACAUCUCUGAGUAUCCCCUUAUUGAAUAUUACUCAAGAUGAUUGAACCAAACAUGGAGCCAUUGAUGACCAUGCAAGGAUUCCUCAAAUGCUUUAUAUGGGCUGUUGGGUUGUCACCAAGAGAGGCAUUCAUAACGGAGUUGCUCUGACUAAAGCACAUAUCGAAAUAAAUAUAGGGGAUUAGCACUCUAAGCAAUCUUGAUAGGCCCUGCUUAAAUGAAGCUAUCUUGUGAUUCUAAUGACUGAAUCAAAGAAUAUAUAUUACCAUAACAUCUAGAGAUUCUGCUUGAAUUUAUACUUGAACAUCUGUGUGUGACAAUGUACCAAAGCAAAAACUGAAAGUGUCAUUCAAGAGGGCACUACCUAUACAAGCAUUAUUACUGUACACAAAAUAUAGAUUCAUCUCUGUAAGAUCAGGGAAUGAUUUUCCAAAUCUAAGUUCCUAAAUACACAAAGCUGAGGUUCUUUGAGAACCAUAUUAAUGAGCCUUAUAAAUACGUUUAGGACGGACUGCUAUCCAGUUUUACAGGUACAUUUUACAUUAUUUUUAAUGGCAGCAAUGAAACAAUGCACUUUUUUUGGGCUGCAGAAAGCGGCAAUAUUACAAGCAAUACAAUAAAGCUGUUGUGUGCCUUCUGCCAAUCAAAGAAUUAGCCUUACUUUUAUUAUACUUGCCACAUGGGACAGUGUCAAAACGGUGCUGAACUGUAACUUGAAAAGAAUCCAUACAAGCCUAUGCUAUUAAAGAGAAAGCUUUUUUUGUGUAUUUGCGCUAGAAUCGGCUUUCCCUUCGUUUGUACUUUGCUUACAUUUCAUGCCUUUGCUACUCAGAAAAAAAGCAUUUAUUUAUACCCUGUUUCUUUAUGCACCUUUCUGUUUUACUUGCCUCUAGUAGAUUUGCAAACUCAUCGGAAAAUUACUUGAAUAAAGUAUUUCAAGUG